UUGACAUUACAUACUGCAAACUUGGUUUAAAUUUGGACGGUAUUUGUAAUAAAUUAUAUCCAACAGAUUAUGUCUGAAACAAUCACAAUGCGGUUACAAGUGCGUCAGAAGUAAUCAGUUACCACCAUGGCUCAAAGGAUGCAGGUGCCGGAGUUGAGAUGUAUGGAACCGGAGAACUAUAAGAAAUACUUCCGUGCCCUAUGUUGGAGUGGUACCAAGAAGGAAAGGCGAUCCCACAAAAGAAUUGGGAAGAAAGAGAAACUCCGGCGCUUAAAAGCGGCCAAUGCCUUGGCUGUUUGUUAUGCUCCUGCACUCCUGGGUAAUCCAUCUCAAUUUGCUGUGUAUGCCAAUGUGCGUAAAUCCAUCCUCGCUCGUUGGAGACAUCUUCAUGGCACCGUCAAUGAGCUGUCUGAUGACAGUGACAAUGAGGAUGCAACGCCACCACAAACAAAUAAAAUACCAAAGAUUACAGGAAUAGGGCUUCGGUCAGUUUUCUCCUUGAUAGCACAGGCGCGUUUCACGAAUGCGCAAUUUUGUGAACAUGCUCUUAUUGCUUUACUGGACGUGCUGCAGGGACAUGCACCUGAAGAACUGGCGCAGGAGCCAACUGAAAUCAUACUCAACCUUCAUUCCAUGCUGGUGGAGGUUGCCAGUGGUAGUGGGCCCAAUGGCAAAGUGGAAUUACCAACAAAUCUAACUGCACUCAGUAGCUCCUGCCUCAUUGCACUCUCAGUGGCCCGGGGUGAAGCUGAACUCAUCCUGAGUGCUGUGGCAUCUCUCAUCAUGUCCCCAUCUGUACUCUCUGAACAAGAUCUUCAGAUCCCAUCAAACUUAAUUACUCUCCAACGGAGCGUCCAGUCGGUGAUACUUGGUUCUCCGUCCCGCAACCUAUGGUUAAACUAUGGCGUCCCUCACCAGUGUCUAGUGAAUAGCUUCCCAGUAGACCUUCCUGCGCAACUAACUGGGUCGGGCGAGCUCGUGGUCCGGUCCUUAGUUUCCGAUGGCUGCUUCCUAUUCGUAUAUACGUCCAAAGGCCUGUUGAAGAUAGGUUCAGGGUACGGCAGCUCUAUAAGGCAGCACGUUUAUAUGCACAAGCCAGACUUCUUUGCUAGCGAUCGCCAUGGCUGGCUAGGUUAUUGUAAGAAUAAAUUAUAUCUAAGGAUAGGCAGGAAAAAGACUGAAGUUUAUGAAAUAGAUAGAGAGACUUUGGAAGUGAGAAACAUGAUACGGCUGGAUCCUGGUCUACCGGCCCCUGUUGAACCUAAGUCAGCGGUUUUUACGGACGGAAACCAAUUAGGACUGAUAUUAUUAACGAAUUUUGACAACCUUACAAUUCGACUGUACGACGCUGACUCCCAGCCGGAACGCGACGAAGGUACAGCGACCACAACUCUGACGUCACAGAAAGAGAUCAAUGUCCACCUUCUAAGGCGUAGGACGCUAGUACUGGGCCGCAGUCCUUUUGAAGAUGGAAUGUCCAGACGAGCGACAGAACUGGACACUCCUAUAGCAAUGCAACUUGAUGAUAAUGAUGACGACCCCUUGCUCAGCAUUUAUGGUGGUCAGGACUUCGCGCUACUUACCACAGCUUCUGGAAAGGUGUACUACACUGGCAAAGGUGCUAGUCUUGGCUACAAGGCGGCCUCUCCACAAACUGGCCGGUGGACCCUAAUGAAAGAAACUAUAUUUUCUCGGAACGAAGCACCGAACGCCAAGAGAUGCAAGGUUAUGCAGGUGGCUGUUGGUCAUGAGGGAGUCCAUGCAAUCCUAGUGCUGGACAAUGGUUCAGCUCUGUUCACUGGUAUCGCGCGGCGUGGCGAGGAUGGCGACGCAAUGAAACAUCGACGACAACCCAAACCUACACGUCCUAAAAAGAUUUUCAAGGCGGAAGGACACUUUGUAGUGUAUGCUGCAUGCAACUACGGCUCGACUGCAUUAGUGACAAGGCAGGGACAUUUGCUCAUGUUUGGCAAAGACACGCAACACUGCGAUUCUGCUGGACAAGUUCUCGGGCUACGACAUGAGAGGAUUGUGCAAGUUGCCCUUGGUAAAGCUCACGCUGUAGCUCUAACAAACUUCGGCCAAGUCUACACCUUCGGAAUCAACAAUAAAGGACAGUGUGGACGUGAGUUCGGAUAUACUAAGGAGAAAAUGUUCCCAACAUCUCGCCGUCGUGCCGAGACUAAGGAAGAGUCCCGAUUAUGUGCCACAUCACAUACGUGGACGACAGACUACUGCCGCGUGUGUGUUCUAUGCAGGGACUGCACGGGAUUCUCCAGCGCGUGUCACUGCUCGCAUCUACCGAAUAGAGUACCUGGAGAAAAAUGCGGUUGCGGCGAAGGCGAUAGUGGUUGUGCAGUUUGCGGAGUUUGUCGGAGAUGCGCAGACGCAUUUGUAAUGGCUGGUCGACCUGAACGAUCAUCAACAGUCACCGUCACGGACUUGGAUGAUGAUGCCGAACCAUCCAUCAGACCAGACUCUAGAAGCGAUGUUGACGACGAUGGCGACGUCUCCGCUAGAAUCGACACACGGAGCGAUUUUGAUAACAACUGCGCAGGAGCCUCUUCUAGUGUCGAGACGAUGAUUGAUAAAGAAAACGUGCGGUUCUCGUUAUUCGAAGGCGCUGCAGCUAGCUCGGAAAUGGACCGCGAUGCCAGUCUUAAAGUGACUUGUUUACCUCCGGCAAGAGUGGCCGUACCCGGGGGACAUCGCAUCGUCGCUGUAGCGUGCGGCUUGCAUCAUACAGUUCUGCUUACUGAACAUGGCGACGUCCUAACCUUCGGAUCGAACCAGUACGGUCAGCUCGGGGCUGGUGAUAUAGCCGUACAUCACAGAAUAGUACGAGUACGGGUCCCUAAAGCAUCAAGCGUGGCUGCUGGCAGUAACCACACUGCUGUAUUAACGAGAGAUGGAGAACUCUACACCUUUGGAAGCUAUCAGAAAGGGUCACUGGGGCGUCCCCGCAUGGAGGAGCCUCUAAGAUCAGAUCGAAGCCCUAUCUGGUACGCUACACCCGGCCGGGUCCCCAGGUUGGGACCCCGACAUUCUUGUAGAGCGGUUUGGGUCUCGGCUUCAGGAGAUCAAACCUUCGUUCAGGUGUCCCAAGCUUUGAUCAAGACGGAUACACUGUUCAGCUCAACAAUCACGGCUAAUUCGAAUACUAUAAUAAUUUUACCAAAUCGACCGGAACAUACGUUCAAAUGCAUAACAAUAAAUAAAAUGGACGGCUCAUGCAACACGUGGACUGGCUCGGAGCAAGUGGACUUCGUAAACAGUCUCGCGUGUCUCGAUCCUUUAUACGACGUCCUUUGGUGUUACCAGCCUCAGAUGAGGGUCAUGAAGUGCUACAACAUACUGGCUUUCGACUCGCACAAAUUGCAAAAAUGCUGCAACGAUCCCGAGUCGUAUUUCGGUGAAGGAGACUUUGAAUACCCAAACUAUGGCAGUAUGAAACGCUUAGAAGACUUUAAGAACUUGGAAAACUUUGAUCUGUCUUGUCGUGACGAGGAUAGGCCGACGGACAAUGUUGCUCUGUCCAAUAUGUCGGUGCUGAACCAGGAACUCGCCAUUCCAUCAGCUAUUGGUUACUCUGUUACUCGAAUGCACGCUGCGCUACAUCUUCUGGGAUGUCUAGAUUCGUUGACUUAUGCUCAUGACAUAAGGUUAAAUCAAUCAGAUUCUAAGAGAGAUAGCUUGGGGUCUCCCAUACUUCCUGUGAAGGAGGAUUAUCAGACUGUGAAUAGAUUCGAAAGUAACGGUGGAGGGUGGGGCUACUCUGGACAUUCGGUUGAAGCUAUACGAUUUAUGUGUGACACUGAUAUAUUGUUGGGUGGUAUCGGUUUAUACGGCGGUCGUGGUGAUUACACUGCGAAAGUGAAGUUGUACGACAUUGGGAUCGAAGGCGGGGACCAGGAGGGUGACGGGGAAUUAAUCACUGAGAGUGAUGAGAUCAUAUACGAGUGUCCACCAAGAGAUCGAUUCCCGGUCAUGUUUGAUAACCCUGUGCCGCUAGCGGCUAACCGAUGGUACGUCGCAUGGGCUUGUAUAUCCGGACCCUCGUCAGACUGCGGCUCUUCAGGCCAGGCAAUGGUCAUAAACGACGAAAUAGGAUUCCAUUUCAAAACCUCCAAGAAAUCAAAUAAUGGAACGGACGUCAACGCCGGACAAAUUCCCUGUUUCAUCUAUAACACGGUCAGCCCCGACCAGUCUUUACCACUCAAAGUUGUGGACUUGGGUGAACCAGUAAUAGUUCUAUCUAAGAACUUGUCGAGAAAAGUGACUGUGUCCUGCUUCAAAUCGCUUAUAACUUUAUUACAAUGGAGCUGGGACACCUUCAAACAAAUCCUUCUGGAGACAAAUGGCUUGGUGCCAAUUAACUACCAGAAACUGACUGUGAUGAAACAUCAAAAGAGGUUGGUUUAUGUGAUCAGAGCGUGCCUCCGACUGGUGAAAUCUUAUAUCAACGAGAUUUACCCACAAAACAACAGGAAACGCAACUCCCACGAGUACAUGUCGUACUUCGAGGCUAUUGCUGAAGUACGGAACUUGAUUCAGGCGAUAAUGGCUGAUCAGACGCCUACAUGUUCCAUGCUGCCUCGGAAGCCAGGGAAGAGUAAGGCUCAUAGAGUAUGCUAUGUGCAGUUUGCUCUAGAGUUGAUCACAUCGAUAUUGAACGAAGCUCAUGAUACAAUAACAGCAUGCUUUCACGCGUUCUUCCCCACUCCAACGCUGAAAUGGAACCAUCUUUGCUCCAUGUUGUUUAACGUUAAGGAAGGUGUAGUACCGGCAGCGCAAAUACGCGAGUUGACAGCGUCUUGUGCCGCAAUGUGCGCGUCACGAAGUUUACGCGACGUCUUACAAUACGUAGUACCUGUAACACAAAGCUAUAUAAAUACCAAUGAAAACCGCCGGCCAGACAGCAAGGCAAGGCCAAAUUUUAAAAAGAUAAUCAUUAAAGAGAUCCCUGCUAAGUCUGCGACGGUCCCGCGAUCGUCGCAUGCGCAGAAACCACCUCCCAUACCUCCGCGAGCCAACAGUAGAGAUGCUACGAAACCUCCAGAUACAUCAGAAUCAAAGCCGAACCAUGCUGAUUGGCACUUACUGGACGUGAUACCUCGUUUACUGGACAUCGUCCUAAUUCCCAUCAAGCAGCAGAUGAUGACGCGUCAGUGUGGCCAGCCUCAUGACCACGGGGAAAUAAAACAGCAGGAGAAACUCUCCGAGUAUUGUUGUAAACUCAUUGCUAGGGUCGUGGCUGAAAUGUCUACCAGUGCUACUUCUAUUCGGGACACGGACUCAAACGUAGUAAAGAACUUUGUGACACCAUCGCGGUUUAUGCGAGUGAAUCAAUCGAGAGCUUGGAACACUGGAAACGGCAGUCCGGAUGCUAUCUGCUUCACCGUGGACCGACCUGGAGUGACGUUAGUCGGCGUUUGUGUCUAUGGUGGCCUCGGGAACUACGAGUACUCCCUCGAACUACUACACGAUCUCCGCGCAUCGGCCGACGAAGCGAACUCGACUCACUGCUGGGUGAGCAUGGAGAUCGUACACGGGAACUACAGCGCGGCUGAUCUCCAACACGACGUGGUGCAGCUCAAGUUUGAACGACCAGUGCCUUUGAAGGAGGAUUUACGUUACGCCAUACGUCUCUGUAACCAUGGCGGUCGUACUUCCAACGGCGAUUGCGGACUACCAUCAGUUAAGGGCCCCGAUGGUACCACGUUCCGUUUCGCGUCCUGCUCUCUCAGCUUCAAUGGAACUACACUGGCGAGAGGACAGAUACCUAGCCUGGUUUAUUAUGGGUCGUCAAAGAACGUAUCAAACUCAUCGGAGUCGGCAGACAACCUUCUAUCCUCUCUCCGGUCUAUCACUCUUCGCGUGGCUUCCACUGUCAUGGAACGUGGAGCCGACCUGUUCUGCACGUUGCGCAAUGAGUUGACUGCUGAAGACUUAAGAAGAAAUGCUACAGUGCUGCAGAGCUCACCGGCUAUUAACAUAUUGAUACCAUAUACCCUCGCCAACUUGGAUGGCGUUGAUGAUUCUAAGAGCGUCAUCAAGAUUCUAGAGAUGAUUCACAAGCUGCUUCCUCACGUGGCAGCUAUGAACUUGUUAGUGCCAAGUGUUGAAGAGUCGGGCACUACCACGGGACAUUAUUAUACGUGGCUCGAAAGCGAUCACCCGUACAAGCAGGCUACUGUUACUAACAUGAGGGUACUAUUCCCAACCAACGUAUCCUGGGUAGUCCUUGAAAUGGAUCCACGAAGCAUCACCGCUCAGCCUGAAGAUUCCCUCACCAUAUACGCAGUGGCCGGAACUCCUAAACAUCGGUGCCAUUGUGCUAACGAGGUCCGAGUGUCGGAUCCGCCUUUCAGAAAGGUAUAUAAGCGACUAGUGCAGUUGACGAAUGAAGGCGAAGUGGAGGAAUUAGGGGAGGAGCCCGAUGGUGAUGGCGUGUGUAUGCAUUAUAACUGUACUUAUGUUGGUGUCACCCCGAGGCUAGCUAACAAUGCAAGUGACUGGCCCCAAAAGGCCCUUUUAGUACCAGGGAAUGAAGUGAUAUUCUCUUUGGAGACAGCAUCCGACUAUUUAACCGAAUUCAACAAAUCUAAUAACGAAGAUAACCGCUUCGGCUUCCGAUGCCUAUGCGUCGGUUACGAAGACACCCCGCUCACUACACAACGGCAAGGUCUUGUCGCGCUUGAAAUGGAACUCGUAUACUCUGGGGCUGCGUGCGCAUCCAAGCUAUUGGCUCCUGAUAUUGAAAUACCGCCAUUAACGUUUUCAACGUUGGUGGAGGUUCAAGUACAAGCUAUGACGGGCGGCAGUCCAAUGGGAGUGGAAGGCGAGUCUCCUCAGGACGGGAGCGAAGCCCUCCUCCUGUCCAGAGGACUGGAACUCUCCUCUCCUCCCACCAUUCACCAAGUACUCGAUGGGCAACCGCUGCUGCGAUGCGUUUCAACAGAGCGUCAGUUCCUGACAGACUUUGUAGCGGGCGCAGAGAGUACAGCUGGUGGCCGCCUGGCUCGCUGGCUGGCUCCGACGUCACACGUAGAGCCCUCUAAGUGUGAGCUGAAAGCCCCUGCACUACCAGUGCGUCCUUCAGCCAGGGUCACAAUCCCUAUCAUCGUACGCGAUCAAUACGGAGAAAACGUAUCCUCACCAGCUCUGAAAGUUGAGGUGGUGGUCCAAAGACUUAGUGCUGGGUCUGGUCUGUCAUCGAACGUGGAAUACCAACGCCACAAGGUCCCUGAUGCGCCCUACCAACCCACUGUUAGAGAAAACAUGUGCUUCCACGCGAUUACUAUGAUGAAGGCGUAUCAAGAAUUCUCAUUCGAGGAACUUCGGCUAGCGAGUGAGUCGUGGAGCGACGGUGGUGCCGUGGGCGGUGCGUUCGUCCACAACGGUCGCAUUCCUGCCGAACGUCUGCCGGUUCGAGAGAACCCAGACGGGUCUUACGUAGCCACAUGGAUCCCUAGAACAGCUGGGGCUUACGUCUUCAGAUGCACCCUCGAUGAUUUGCCUGCUUCACAGGAAGUGACUGUAGAGGUGGCGGAGAGUAUGAUGGAGCCGGCUGAGCGAAGUUGUCAGGCUGGCGGCGCGCUCCCCACCACACCGCCGACCAAGCUACGGCGCUUCAUUGCGCGGUUCAGCGCCGGCCUCCGAGUCCGGGCCAGUCCCAGUCUCCAGGCCGAAGAAUUGGGCCGAAUACCAGCUGGCGCCAACAUUGCAUUCGUUGAAGAAGUUGUCAACAAGGAUGGCACGUGGGUACGUUUGAGCGCAGAAUCAGUGCGUGCAUACACAGAUGAGCUAACAGAAGUGGCGUGGUGCAUACAACAUCAUCGACAUCUAGACAGGGCACUAUUAGUACCUGUAGAACCGACCACACCACUACCGUCUCAGGACGAUUGUUCUGGUAUAUGGGGCGGCUAUGGAGAAGCCAGGGAAGAUCUACAAUUAUGGGCACAAGAUGAUGAUGACGGCGCAUUGACUGAUAUAACGUGUAUCGAUGACAGAACCUUCACAUACGGACAGAUACAGGCUGAUGGCAGUCCGUUCAUGUUGCCCGGAUCUUCAGAACCGAGCAAGCGCAGUCGGAGCCUCCGAGGAGAGGUUAGCUCGACCUCGUCUGCUGCCUCAUCGCCCAAACGUUCACAGCGGCGCAGCAAUGGAAAUGCCGACGAUUGGUGGUCACCUCUUAGGCAGCGAUUUGGAGACAAUACUGAUAUCAAUGCCAUACAGGAGACGGACAUUGAACCAGAGCCUUUGUUAGUGGAGACGCGCACUAGUCGGGUCGCUCAGACGGGCACGCAGACAUCCCCGGACAGAAGCGACAGCAUGACUGCCAUGCAGCUCUACAUGGGGCCUUCUAAGAUAAACCAGGACCUACCUGGCCGCUUAAGCCCAAAGGCAAUGCCACGAGACCGGACACCAAGUCGCUCACGAGCUUACAAGCGCACAUCAUCGCCUCCGCCACUACCAACUCGAUCGGCUCCUGCGCCGCCCCCGCCAAGGAAACAUGCGCUAAGUCCUGCGCAAGCCGAGUGCUUACGAGCGGUUUUCGCCGCUCUUUUGUGGCAUGAAGGCAUAGUCCACGACGCCAUCGCUUGUGCAGCGUUCCUAAAGUUCCACCCGCAGCUUCCCAAGCAGGGAGCCCGCGUGGUCACCCGACCGGCUCAUGACGUCACUCCUGCUCGACAUCAGAGGCACUCCGUCGAAGUUUCUAAUGCUGGUCUGUACUUACGUAUUCAUCCAACGACGUUGGAGACAUUGACGCGAUCCGGCAUCGAAGCGAGCACCAGUCGCAUGCGCAAGGUAGACUUCGACACGCCAAUACGGGAAGAGGAAAACUUACCCGGUCCCAGUACUGAACCAGCAGGUUCCUCACGUUACGUGGUCAACGUGCUGCCGCCCGCGAUGCGUGCGUUAGUCGCGCUUUGGGACGCUCUCUAUGACGCUGACCAGCUCACAUCUGCUACAGACAAGUUGAAGAAAGAAGAAAAGAAUGAAAACGAUGAAGCGAAAUCGUACAGCGGUAUCCGUAAGAAGAGAGAGUGGAAUACAAGGACGGGCAAGACACCUUAUUCAGUCCAAUGCGACUUGUGCGGGGGAACCAACGUGCCGCCUCCAUUAGCAGCACACAUGAGGACAGCUCACCCAGGGUGUAAGAACCCAACCACGAAGGGAUUUGACCGUACCGGCACCUACCAGCCGACCAAUCCGCAACCAGGACCAGAAUUGCCACCCACAUCUUAUUGCGGACAAAUGGCUCAGAUAUACCAGCUAUGGUACAUGUUCUGCGAGAAAUGCUAUGAGAAGGCGAUCAAAGCAGCUCCGUCCGUUAGACAAGGACGCGCUAAGAGUAGGGCUGAGAUGGUGGUGUUCGAGCGCUUGGAGCAACCAGUGAGCAUUGACCAUUGCACCAUCAAGGAGAACGCUAUUUUCCUCUUGGAUUUGGCGCCGCUAACAAAUCCAGAACCAAUCAGCAUGUCGGCAUGGGCGGACAGUUCCUCCCGUAGUCCGCCGACUCCACCAGGCAGUGUCUGGCAACCGGCACCACCGUUCCAAUGUCUGCCUGCACUAGGAGCCGCACCCAAAGCCUUCGCUGCGUCUGAUGCAGCUCGCUACCAUUCUUUAGGCAGACCUAUGCCACCAGCCGUUGCUCCGCUGACGUCAGCAUUCGGCGGUAUAGAGGGUAACACGAGUUCGAACUGGCCUCGAGUACACCGCUCAGUGUCAAUGGGCCAGGCAGGAGGCAGAGACCUCGCGAACGCGGCCCGACCUCCACUCGCUCGAGAUACUCCUAUGGACCAGGAUACCCUCACCGGAGCUGGGUCAUCUCUCUUAGCUCAACCUAGUGCAGCAUUACGCCGUCUGAUUGGCUGCGGAGACUGGACGGCUGGUGCUUCUUUAUCAGCGUUCGAGGCGCCACGUGUGGAUUCCGACUCACUCAUGAAUAGCCCCGUCAUGGCGUUUAUACUGUCGAAGCGAGAUUUGCAUGCGCACAGACAGAAAAUGGACGCUGCUAUCCGAAUAAAUACCGUGCGACAGUAUGCUUUUGAGGCAAUGAAUUGGCUCCUACGUUCAGCUACGCAACCAACGUGCGUACAUGACGUGAUGUGGUGGUUCUGCAAUGCGCUCGACAAGUUUGCACGCAUUGUUCCACCGCCGAGUCUUGCGCUUGAUGAUAACAAAGAGCAGAAUGCAGUAAACGAGAGUCCUCGAGGGGUAAUCCCGACCGCCUCAGCGUCGGCUAUCUGUCCCGGCGCCCGCGCAGCUCGUGGCGCACGCGCAGCGUUCCACGCGUUCCUCGGUUCAGUGAGCGCACUGGCGCCAUCUCUGCCACCCGCCAGUGCUGCAGGACUACAAGCCGUUCGAUGCUGGGCUCUGCACUAUUCACCACACGAUCGGACAUUCUUACACAGAUCACAAGUAUUCAGUGUGAUCAGCAAGAUUCUGUCACACUCGGAGGACGGAGCCUAUGAGGAGGGACUUCUUGGAGCUAUACAGGAGAGCUUCCAUAGCUACCUGAAUAAGGAGAAUUACGUUUGGACUUGUCCUGACGUGACCGGUUGGUGUGACAUCAGUGUUUCAUCUCGCCAAGGAAUGGCUGGUGCCCUCACCGACGGCAGUACGGAGACCUUUUGGGAGUCAGGAGAUGAGGAUAGGAAUAAGGCCAAGUGGAUCCAGAUGACAUAUCCUGGUGGUACUCCUGAUGAUAGACCGCAUAUCCUGUGCGUUCACCUUGACAAUACCAGGGAUACAGUGAACAAGACGUUGCUGGUAUCGUUCUUGUACAGCGGCGGGUCCAGCGAGAUGUUCCACAUGCAAGACGUCGAGGUGGACCCUAAGACUGCCACCUGGCUUUGCUACACGAUGCCAAGAGGCACGAGUACAUCAGUUCGAGUCCGCUGUGAGCUACGCGGCCCUGAACCCGCCGUGCGAGUACGACAAGUUCGAGUACUGGGCGCGCCGACAAUGCUAGCCUCAGCCGCCGCCACUCCUGCGCAUGUUCUUCAUGGACUCUCAGAAACUGAUACCUUGAGAGUGUUCCGACUUCUGACUUCACAGGUGUUCGGAAAACUCCUGGAAUGGGAUCGGACUGGUAGCGACUCGGGCACUGAAGGGGCGGCCGCUGUGGAAGAUGGAGCGGCAGCCGAUGAUAGCGACCUGCGGGAACAUGUUGUCGGCAUACUGUUCGCAGGACAUAAACUCACUUCAUUACAGAGACAGGUAAUGACACACAUAGUGUCAGCUAUAGGCUGCGAGGCGGCACGAGUGCGAGAUGAUUGGGAGACGGCAUUGCUCUGCGCUGAGGCUGCCGAGCGAACAUCUGAGGAACAACAUGCAAGACCACCAGCUCACCAGCAGGACAACUACUGCUUCGAAAUGCUCUCUCUGCUGUUAGCACUCAGUGGCAGUGCCGUAGGACGAGCGCACUUGGCACAACGCACCGAGUUACUGGCAGAUUUACUGGCACUCUUACAUACAGGCAGUGAACGAGUACAACGUCAGGUCAUAUCACUGCUCAGGCGCAUGAUUACAGAAAUUCCACCGCAGAAAAUGUUAGCCGCUGUCAAUUACGGCAAUGAAAUGAACUCAAGGGUAACCCUCUUAGAUCAUCUAGUAUGCUACUUGGGAAAGGCGAUCACAGUCCAAGUGAAGGUCAAGGGUACCAGCGGUGCCACUCCAGCUUCAGUAAUGAUGGGCAGCAGUGUGGGACAGGCUUCCCCUGCCACUUGGUUCAUGAGAGGGGAGACCACCAAAAAACAUGCGCAUCUAGUCGCUAAGCUACUCUCUGAUAUGGCUGAGGAUAAAGUAUCACCAGCGUGGGGUUUGGAUACUCGUAACGCUCUAGCUACGUAUGUAUCCCAAGUGGCUCAACUCUCUGAAGCUGAUCGAAGACCAACACGAUGCAUUGCAGCGCCCACAGUGUGGGUCGCUUUGGCUGCCCUCUGCGUGUGUGAGCAGUCUCAUGUCGAAAUGAUUAACAGCUCUGGUGACGGGCGAGAGUCUCGUCGCGGUGAGUCUGACGGGCGACCAUUAUGCUCGAACCACGACGAUGGGAGUACCGCCGCCGUCAUCGAAUGCCGAACUUGCGGCCCACUCUGCGCUGAGUGCGACCGCUUCUUGCAUCUCAAUAGGGCAGCCAGAACACAUCACCGUCAGAUAUGCAAAGAGGAAGAGAGUGCUAUUCGCAUAGACAUCCACGAGGGUUGCGGUCGAGCGAAGCUGUUUUGGCUACUCCUACUGGUUGAUCGGCGAACUUUCAAAGGGUUAGCGGAGUUUAGAGGAAUGGAGAGUGGAGUAUGUGACAAUGCCGCAGGAGAAGGCUCUGCGAUACUACCCGGACCGCCUGGUCUCGCUGGCACUUGCCGCUUCUGUGGCACCAGAGGCAAUUCUGGACUACUGGCUAUUGGCAACGUUUGUGCUGACCAACAAUGCCAGGAUCACGGCAAGGAAGCGUGCAGUCGUGUUUUACCCUGCAACCACUUGUGCGGCGGUGUCCGUUCAGAACGGACGUGUUUGCCGUGCCUGUUUGGUUGCGCAGGCGCUCCUGAUGCAGUGCCAUUACGGCAGGAUGCGGAUGACAUGUGCAUGAUCUGCUUUACUGACCCUCUACAAGCUGCCCCCGCUAUUCAGUUGAAGUGCGGCCACGUUUUCCACUUGCAUUGCUGCAGAAAGGUCCUGGCUAAUAAAUGGAUAGGCCCCAGGAUCACAUUCUCAUUCUCACAAUGCCCGAUUUGCAAGGAGGACAUGAAUCACUGGACCCUAGAAGAGCUCCUGACCCCCAUCAGACAGCUUUACGAUGAAGUAAAGCGCAAAGCUCUGAUGCGCCUUGAGUAUGAGGGCUGUGCGCUCCCUGGCCAGGCCAAAGGCAAAGUCCUGCCCGACCCAGCCACCUACGCCAUGGAGAGAUAUGCGUAUUACGUGUGUCAUAAGUGUGGGAAGGCUUAUUUCGGUGGUCUGGCUCGCUGCGAGGCUGAAACGAGUGGCUGGUGGGAACCGAACGAGCUGGUCUGCGGAGCGUGCAGUGACGUCGCUGGUGCUAGGACCUGCCCCAAACAUGGCGCCGACUUCCUUGAGUACAAGUGUCGAUACUGCUGUUCUGUGGCUGUGUUCUUCUGUUUCGGCACGUCACAUUUUUGCAACGCGUGUCACGAUGAUUUCCAGCGUGUCACCAGCAUUCCCAAGCAUCUGCUGCCGCAAUGUCCUGCUGGUCCUAAAGGCGAGCAACUACCAGGCUCAUCAGACGAGUGCCCUUUGCACGUGCAACAUCCCCCGACCGGAGAGGAGUUCGCACUCGGCUGCGGCGUAUGUAGGCAUGCUCAAGGUUUCUGAACAAGGGAGUGUGCCAUUGGCGAACAUAGGGUACCAGGAACCAUUCGCCUUGGCCAAUAAACAUUUUAACACACGUGUCGACUCUACAACAAUGUAAAAAUUCUGGUGAAACAUCUAACGUGUGCUUUCGAGUGUAAAGAAAUUCCACUAAAUUAUAUCAACAUUAAAGACUCUUGAACUUCCCGGGAAUACAGACUUGUGCGUUUACGUUAACUUUUAUUACAGUGUUACGACAUCACCGCUAAAAUACAAUGUUUUAACAUAACUCACGGAAUAAGACAAAAGUAAAUAAAAUACGGCAUUACGUUAUAAUCUACUUGAUAGAUCGCUAGGCAAUAAGGACUAUGCCAUUAAUUGUGACAGUUCAUUAAUUAAACCAAUGUUGCGCAAAUUUGCGCAUGAGUUGCGCAUGAUACUUACAUGACAAUACGCAUAUAAAUGAGACACUUACCGAAUAGGAUGAACAAAUGUGAAUAAAAUGACACAACUGAAUUGAUCCACUUGUAAAGUAACUGGAUAAUGCGUUGGUAUUAACGAAAAAAUAAUAUGUUGUAAAAUAAUUACUCAAGUUAUAAUUUUAAUAUUUAAUUGUUAUUAUAUACCAUUAUAUUCAAUGGUCCUACUCCAUCGUCUCAGUGUUGUCUACCGUAAAGAAUAUGUGUAAUUUUAUCUCUGGUUAUGUGUCAAUAAUAAACUUUAAAAUAAUAAGAAUAAAGUUCACAUUUUAAUGAAUGUUUUCUAUAAACGUUAGCUCAAUAGUCUAUAUGUCCGAUAAGUUGUUGUGACUUACAGUGUGUUGCCGUACUUCCCCCUACACUAGUCCAUAUCUUUAGGAUGUCUAUCUAUCCUUAGACUGACGUACUACAAGUCAGUAUUCUGGCUGUUGUAAGUAGAUAAACUUAGUAUAAGACCGUAACGCUGUAUAAUAUUUUUGCAGUUUUAUUACAAACUCGUUUGCCUCGGUCCAAAUGCUGAAGAAUACUCGCUUCGGGAAUGCUUGAAAUAAUUUGCGUGAUAUUUUAUAUGAAAUAAGGAAUUUAUUUAUACUAAGCUUGUUUCUAAUUAUGGGUUUUAAGAUGUAUGUAUAAUAUUGUGAUAGAGUUUUAUAUGCUCCUCCCACUGCUUGCGUGGACGCCCACUGUUAUCCUAAGGCACCGGGAACUUGCGUACUGCGGACGGUCUAAGUCAUGAUCCUAUAUAGUAUAGUCUGUUGUGGUUAUGCUGAUAUAUUUUCUUUGUUAAUAGUUAAUUUAUUGAAAACUACGCUUUAUACUCAAAUAUAUUUUAAAUUAAUUUAAUCAUUAUUACAUUCAUUGAUGUCGUAGGAAUAGCAGAGUUCUAUUGUUGUUGUACAAAUAAUCGAAUUGGUAAUAUUAAGGUGGAGUGCCGAGUGCAGUUUAUUAUGCAACUUGAGCCUCUCAAUAAAUCAAUAAUAAUGAUCGUUCGCCAUAUUGAAUUACAUAACAUCGUCGCAUGCGCAUAUAAGUAAUCAAAGUUUAAAUUUCAAAAUUUUUAUAUAAUGUAAGUGCGUUUUUAAACUCCACUCGGCACAUUCUUUACAAAGAUAAACUUACAUGGAUGUUAGUAUGUGUACUCUCCUCAGUAUUGGAAUAUAAUUUUGCGGGCUUACACUGGUACAUACAAUACAAAUCUAAAAUCACACUCUCAGUUCUUCAGUUUGGAGCGAAUUGGUAAAAUGUUGUAACGAAAAUAUUUUUAGUAUAAGACUGCAUUUGAAGACUUGAUAGUGGAAUUUCGAACGAUGAUGAUAAAAAUGUUUAUUGGGGACGAAUUUGUAAAGUACAUGGUGUUCAAUAUUUUGAAGGAUUGAGGCAAAGGUCGAUGUCAGGACAAUAUCUCUAACACGUCGCUCGGGGCACAAAGUUCCAGCCCAAAAGUAUUUUAAAUACUGCGGAAAUGUAAAAGCGAAUAGAGCGAAAACUUGAUAAAGUGCAUGAUAUUAUUAUUGUAUUAUCAACCUUAGUCAAAUAAUCGUAAGAAUAUAAUUUAAAUGAAACUAUUUAUUAUUUACUAGAUAGAUACUAUCGAAUCUCUUUUUGAUGAUGAGUUUACAAUGUUAUAUCGUACUUAAUUUAAUUUUAACGACUUAUUUAGGUAAAACGUUUUUAAAUAGCCUUUUUUAGUUCAAACUUGUAAUCAUUUAUAUUUAUUUGAAAAUGUGAACGUCAUUGUGAUAUGUUAACUGAUGACACGCAGUCAACGAAUAAAAUAAAGGGAUAUGAAUGUCAACAAGUAAGUCUUAAAGUGUUACACGAACCAGGGAGGGCUCCUGUCUGUUGUCUUUUCUAUCAUCGGUACAAACUUCUAUUUCCUCCCAUGACGAUUCUCAAUCCCGCAUUUUCAUACAAUUAGUUUCACUUGAAUAGUCAUUGAGGUCAUCAUAUGAAAAUAUUGAUGUAUAAUUAUAAUUGUACUUUUAUUGGCAGUAUACACAAGAAAAUAAUAUUAUGUGUUAUCAAUAAUUGCACGUUAGAUCCAACUUUUCAUGUAGUUAAUGAAUUUAGUGUUGAUAAGAUGAUUAUUUUACAAUAAAGCUUAAAACCCAGGUUUUGU